AUGUUGGUGGCCGCCUCCGUCGUCUUCCUCUACUACACCAUCUGGACCCUGGCGAUGCCCUUCGUCGACUCGGACCACCCCCUCCAGAACUUCUUCCCCCCGCGCGUCUGGGCCAUCCGCAUACCCGUCAUCCUCAUCCUGCUGGGCUCCGCCGUCGUCGGCUCCUUCCUCAGCGUCGUCAUGAUCCGCAGCAACAGGAAGAAGGCGGCCAAGGCCAAGGCCGCGGCCAAGAAGAAGGCGUAA